UGAAGCACAAAAAAUAAAAAAAGUGUGUGAACCAAAUUCAUGCACGAAGGAACAAAAUAUGCUUUGGGCAUUAUACAACCUGAAUCAUGUACAUGUGGAGCUUUCUCAGAUUGGAAAAUGAAGCCGCACACUUACGGGGGCUUCUACACAGCUGGACCCGUAUAUACAACACCCAAUCGCCUUCUCUCACCGGAAAAUCAAUUCCCAACCAACUUAACCUCCGGAACUCAAGUUUUCCGGCGAUUUUCCAUCGGAAAACGCAACCGGAACUUUCUAUCAGCCGUUUGCUGCCGUAAUCCUCCUGACGAUUCUGGAUAUACCGGUGGAAACAUCGGCAAUUCAAAAGAGAAUGAUGAAUGCGUCCACCACACAAGGCGUCGCGUGCUUCUUCUUGCUCCUUCUCUUGCAGCCGGAGCUUGGUUCCUGCAAUCGGCGACGGUGGCGAGGGGUGAGAAUCCAGCAGCACCGGUGCCUAUUCCGAUGCCGGCGAAGGUGACGGAGCCAAUUCAGAAAGCCGACGAGAAGAAGAAUAUGGAUGCGAUAGCGUCGAGGAUAUACGACGCGACGGUGAUUGGAGAGCCACUGGCGGUUGGGAAGGACAAGCAAAAGUUGUGGGAGAAGAUAAUGAACGCUCGGAUUGUGUAUCUAGGUGAAGCAGAACAGGUUCCAAUUCGCGACGACAAGGUAUUGGAGCUUGAAAUUGUGAAAAAUUUGACGAAGAGGUGUGCGGAGAGUGAACGACCAAUAUCUUUAGCUCUGGAAGCUUUUCCUAGUAAUUUGCAGGACCAGCUCGAUCAGUAUAUGAACAAAAGUAUAGAUGGAGAAACCUUGAAGUCUUUCACAUCUCAUUGGCCACCUCAUAGUUGGCAGGAAUAUGAACCUCUUUUAAGUUACUGCCGUGAUAAUGGAGUUCGGCUUGUUGCUUGUGGUACUCCACUGAAGGUCUUAAGGACUGUCCAAGCAGAAGGUAUUCAUGGACUUUCGAAAGCUGAUCGUAAAAUCUAUGCUCCUCCAGCCGGUUCAGGCUUCAUAUCAGGGUUCACUUCCAUUUCACACCGUUCACAAGUUGACUUGAAUUAUCCAAAUCAGCCCAUUCCUUUUGGUCCAAGCUCAUAUCUCUCUGCUCAAGCAAGAGUAGUUGAGGACUAUACCAUGUCUCAAACUAUCUUGAAAGCCGUGGUGGAUGGAGGAGCCACAGGUAUGAUAGUAGUGGUGACAGGUGCAAGUCAUGUUACAUAUGGAACAAGAGGGACUGGGCUGCCCGCAAGAAUUUCAAAAAAGAUGCAAAAGAAAAACCAAGUAGUUAUACUACUUAGUCCUGAAAGACAACAAAUAAGAAGAGAGGGAGAAGUUCCUAUAGCUGAUUUUUUGUGGUAUUCUGCUGCCAGUCCCUGCAGUCGGAAUUGUUUUGAUCGUGCUGAAAUUGCUCGAGUUAUGAAUGCAGCUGGCAGGAAGCGAGAUGCUCUUCCUCAGGACCUUCAGAAAGGACUGGAUCUUGGUUUGGUAUCACCGGAGGUACUACAAAAUUUCUUUGACUUGGAGCAGUAUCCUCUUAUUUCAGAACUCACUCACCGUUUCCAGGGAUUCAGGGAAAGAUUGUUGGCUGAUCCUAAAUUCUUGCACAGAUUAGCAAUAGAAGAAGCUAUAUCAAUAACCACUACUCUCUUAGCACAGUAUGAGAGGCGUAAAGAGAAUUUUUUAGAAGAGCUUGAUUAUGUUAUUACAGAUACUGUAAGAGGAAUAGUCGUUGAUUUCUUUACUGUGUGGCUUCCUGCUCCAACUAUAUCAUUCCUUUCAUCUGCUGAUGGGACAGAUGUCCCUGAUAAUAUGGAUGCUAUAAAUGGUAUUCUUGGGUCCAUUCCAGAUAAUGCAUUUCAAAAGAAUUCUGCAGGGAAGUACUGGAAUCUCAACCAUAGGAUUGCAGCAGUCCUUUUUGGUGGUUUGAAACUUGCUAGUGUUGGAUUUGUUUCUAGUAUUGGGGCUGUUGCUUCGUCAAAUGUUUUGCAUGCAAUCCGCAGAUUCCUUAAUCCAGCACUCCUUGUAAAUCAAAACAAUAAAAGAUCUCCAUUACUUAAAACAGCAGUUGUAUAUGGAUGCUUUCUUGGAAUAUCAGCAAAUCUUCGCUAUCAGAUUAUUGCUGGAAUAGUGGAGCAUCGGAUUUCUGAUGAAUUUUCUUCUCAAACAUUUUUUGUAAAUAUGUUAUCUUUCAUCGUUCGGACAAUCAACUCUUAUUGGGGGACACAGCAAUGGGUUGAUCUAGCACGCUCUACAGGACUGCAAACUCGCAAGAGUGAAUCACCCUCUUAUCAAAUAGAUUCAUCUAAUCUUGCCACUUUGGAAUGCAAUACUGAAGAGACCAAUGUAGAUGAUUUGAAAAAUCAAUAAGGUGUAGUUUCAUUUUACAUUCCCAUAGUAAAUUGUAAAUUUCUCUUCAAAAGUUGGGAAGAUAUCUAAAAAAUGAAAGCAAUUUUGGCCCUUGUGUUUUAUGCAUAUCUUCCAUGACUCUAUUAUACUUGUUCCAUAUAAUAUAAAGCUUCCAAUUUUUGUCA